AUGCAGGGAAAUUGGGGAUCGAUGGCCACUACUACUGAGUGUUUGCUGGCGAAGUACCAGGAUACUUUCAAGAAGGCGACUGAGCAUCAGUUGACCAAGGAAUUGUGCCAAGGAACUCUGGAGGAUGCGAUUUUGUACACGUACCUGGCUCAGGAUUUGCAAUUUUUCGAGACUGGAUUGCGUCUGAUUUGUAAGGUCACGUCGUUGGCACCAAGCGUGGAUAGUCUGAUUACGUUGGCGAAGAAAAUCGGAUUCUUUGCCAACGACGAAAACACGUACUUUCGCGAUGCGCUGGAGUUGUUGAAGCCUGCGGUGGAGGCUUCGAGACGCGAGUUCUUGGGCAAGGAACAGAUCGGCAGCAUCAAGAAGUAUGUCGGGUUCCUGGCCGAGAUGACCGAGGACGCAAGCUACAGCUAUGGUCAGCUGGUGACGUAUCUGUGGUGUGCGGAAGAAGUGUACUGGAAAUGGGCACACGAUUUGCCAAGAGCCGAGAAUUUACACUGGAAACAUCAGACCUGGAUCGACUUGCACGACGGUGAGCACUUCCAAGUUUGGUGCGAGUUUCUGAGGAAGGAAGUAGACAAAUACUCUUUGGAAGAAGUCGAAAGCGUUUUCCAAAAGACUUUGCAGCUGGAAUACGAAUUUUUUGACGAGUGCUACAACGCGUAG